GUUGAUGUGUGGCCGCAAUCCAUCUUUGGAGGAUUUCAGUUCUGCAGACAUUGUUGAUGCUGAAGUGCAGCAGCGAUUGCAACAGCUGCAGAGUUGUACUGAUGUGAAGCUGCUGUCUCCCAAUCUGUGUGACUGGGUAUCGAGCUGCGGGAUCCCUGGGAUCUAUUCAGCCGGUUCCGAUCAAAUACCAGCCAUCUACGUGGGCCUGGUCAAACACUACAUCUACCACAGGGUGGCCAGUAUGAUCUCCCAGUUCACCGAGGGGAUGAACAGCUGUGGUGGAUUGUGGGAUACGGUACAGUCCCACUGGGAGGCAUUUGUCCCAGUGAUGACGAGCGCACAGCAGGAGCCUCUGACCCUGGAGGAGUUCAAACAUCUCUUCCACGUCUGCUACAGCCACGUAGAUUCCCAGCUGAGGGCGGCGGAGGAGGCCACAGUGGGACACUGGGAAACGGUCCUCACCGUCAUUAGCGAUGAUCAGGCAGAUGUUUCCUUUGAGGACGUCCUGGUCUUCAUCACCGGAGCGGAUCACCUGCCUCCUCUUGGGUUCCCCAGGUUGAUCUCUCUGCAUUUCUACUCCCAGGAUGGUCUCCCCCACGCCUCCACCUGCGCUCUGGAGCUCUUCCUGCCGAGGGCCGUGGCGGGGCCUGCGGUUCUGUUGGCGCUGCUGAGCAGAGCCGUGCACGAGGCCCUGGGCUUCACACGUCUGCAGAGAGACGGAGUGGACAUCUGCACAGAAUUGAUGACAAGUUUAGGAACUGGAAGCUCUCCUGAAAACAUCGUGUCCUGCUGAAACUGACCUUGUGGCGCUCAGAGGUUUGAGCCUGAGGCGAACGCUGCAUCACAGCGAGGGGUAUAAGUGGCGGUCUGUGUGCAGUUAGUUGCUUUAGUCACUUGAACUCCUGUCACCUGACGACAAAGCUGAGCCCAGUUUUUUUUUUUUUAAGCCUCAUUCAUUCAGAGUCGAUUGUAUAAGAGCAGCUGUGUCAUUUCUUUUGCAUCAUGGAAACAUCAACAUGGAAACGUCUGUUGUUUUGUACAGGAGACUACAAUUGUGACCAUUAAGGAAGUAGAUGACAGAUGAGGUAGAAUGCAUUGUGCCAUAUUGUACGAUGCACGCACAACUGCAGUCGUCGUAAAUGAAUUCCACAGGACAAGUUCGUCAGCUACGUUUUCUUUUAAACUUUUAAUAGUUAUUCAAAGAAACUAUCCUAAAUUCAUGUACCUCCAGUUUGUACAUAUUUUCAUACAGAUAUUUCAGGCCUCUUAACAGAAUACCUAAUCCAAUCGUUAUACAAGCAACAUUUACACUCUGUUAUAUUUUUUCAAAACAUGUUUAAUCGGCGAUCUCGACAGAUUGUAUAUACUUCUGUGUGCUUUAAAAAAAACGAAUGCUGCACAAAGUUUCUUUUAA